AUGUGCUGCCGUCCCGGCGAUUCCGAUCAUCCCUGCCCGACGCUGUCCAAGGACUACCGUGGCAGGGCUACCGUGGAAUUUCUCUUCGGCCCAAACACCGGGCAUUUCUCUUCGGCCCAAACACCGAAAGGGACCUCCGCGAGCUCCACGACGACGCCCGGAGGUCAACGAGGAGUGGCAGCACUGACCGCGGCACUCCCCUUCGGCCCAAACACCGAAAGGGACCUCCGCGAGCUGCACGACGACGCCCGGAGGUCAACGAGUGGCAGGCCAACGAGUGGCAGCACUGACCGCGGCCCGGUGCGGGCAGCCCCCGAAUGA